AUGGGUAACCCUAACUUUCCAUCCGACAUCAUACCUGAGAUUCUUUCAAGGCUACCAGUGAAGUCACUAUGCCGCUUCAGGUGUGUAUCAAAGUCAUGGCUUUCCUUAAUCGCCGACCCUGAUUUUGUCAAGAGGCAACUUAACAAAGCUAUUGAGAGCAAGAUAUUUUCAACCAAAGACGAAGGCUUAUAUUUACAGAUGAGUCACACAGAUUAUGAUAACCUUAUCAUUAACAUUGACGAUAACGAUGAUGUCGUAGCCACUGAGCUCGACUAUGUUCUUAGUGAACUGCCAAAUAAUUGGGCUUUCUUGGUGUUUCACUCCUCCAAUGGCUUGUCAUUGGAAGGUGGAAUGACCUCAUGCGGAGGCCUUCAUUGGUUGUUGGAUAGAGUUGGAGUUGAAUAUCGAUCGGUGAUUAUAUCUUUCGAUUUAGCAGAGGAGAAUGUCCAAGAAAUUCCACUACCUCUUGCUUCUAUUGAUGCUAAAGAUUAUCUUGUUGGCAUGCUUGUUGGGGCCUUUAGAAAUUGCUUAUGUGUAACAAUGCACAAUGAGUUUUGGAUCAUGAAAGAAUAUGGCGUGAGGGUGUCUUGGACUAAAGUAAGGAUCUCCAUCCCAUAUUCUAUAUUACGACACUCUAGUUUCUGGAAGAAAAUUCAUGAUCUCUUGGAUUUCAGGGACCGAUUGAUUUUGUGCAAUUCUAAUGGUGAAAGAUUUCGGAAUCUUUCAAUCUCCGGAUUACCCAAAGUUAAUGAAGUUGGGAUUUACUUGGAGUGCCUUGUUUCACCUAAUAAUUAG